AUGGACACCAUCCGCCUCACGGGCUCGUACGUCCUCGCCCCGGCACGACUGGCCAACAGCGCAGUGUGGUACGCCCUCGGCUACUCGACUACCCUCGACUCGUCCACCGCACCUGCAUCGACGACGGCGAGCGCUCGAGGACCUGGGCAGCCGCCCGAGCACGCGCACGCUCAGCCGAGCACGUGCAGCGAUGGCGGCGCGGACGACGCGCGAGUCGUGCGGGCGCUGCGGGCCGCCAUGCGCGAGUGGAGCGAUGCGAGCUCGAGCUUGAGCUCGGUGGGCGACGAGAAGGACGAGGAGGAGGACGACGGCGACGCGGACGAGCCGCAGCUCGACGAGCGAGCGCGCGAUCAUGAACCGCCGCAGCUCCCUCGCUCGCCGGCCGACAUCCCUCUUCCCGCGUCGCCAUCCGCGAGCUCAUCCCUCGACGACGCCGACGAUGCCCUACCCGCCACGCCGUCCUCGCCGCACCCACCCUCGUCGCCUCCCGCGCUCGUUCCCCUCCCUCGACCACUCUCCUCCCUCUCGCGCCUCUCGCGCCGCGCCACCCUCUGCCUCUCGCACGUCGUCGACCUCAACAGCCUCGACUUCAGCCUCGACACGCCUCGACCUGCUGCCGAGGAAGGCGGCGAGCCGAGCAAGCGCGACAAGGAGCUCGUCGAGCGGGUCAUGGCGGCCGAGGUCGAGCGGGUGACGGAGGAGGUCGAGGGUUUCGUCGACGAGGCGCUGCGGGAGCAGGACAACGAGGCGUUCGAGCGAGUGGACGUCGAGGGCGGCGCGGUCGAGACGGACGCCUUUUUGCGUGCCGCCGAGAGCCUCGUAUCGAUGACCGAGCUUCUUGAGCCCGCAGCCGCCUCGCUGUGCGCCGGCGAGUUCCUGGCCGACCUCGGCCGAGUUCGAGCCCGUCGACAGCUGUUCCCGACGCGCACGGUGACCCUCGAGCAGCUCGUCCAGUCUGAGCGGCGUGAGCGUCGCCUACCAGCCACCGACGCCCUCGAGUGGCUCGUCCUAAUCAUCGGCUUCAUGGUCGAGUCGUUCCGCCGCAACCUGAGUCAACAGCCGCCCGAGGAGCUCAGCACGAGUAUCAGCACCGUGUGGGACCGGGGCUUCGCCAAGCACUUCAACUGGCUCGUGCGACCGCUAUUCAAGGUCGUCCUCCGCGCCUGUCCCUCUCGCGCGCACGUCUACUCAAAGCUCGCCCUGUCGCCUUCGACGACGCUCGUCGACGUCGAGCGGGACCUCGGCGCGUGGCUCGACCGGGUCGAGGAGGUGCUCGCGAGGGUGCGGGAGGUGCUCGAGCGGGAGAAGCGGCGUCGGUAGGAGAGCCGAGCUGUAUUGAGACGAGGGUCUGUAUACC